AUAUAAAGCUAGGUAAAUUUCCAAUUAAGCCAUUCUGGAAUUGGUAUCUGGGUUGGUAAUUUCCAAUUGAAUAUAUCUGUGGUGCGAUUGAUAAACAAAAUCAAAAAUGAGUGAACAACAACAACUAAUUGAAUGGAAAAGAUUAGGCAAAUCUGGUUUAAAGAUUUCUAAAGUCAUUGUGGGAUUCAUGUCCUAUGGUACCAAGCACUGGGCAGACUGGGUUGAGGAUGAUGAAGAAAAGAUUUUCGCCAUCCUAAAGAAAGCUUAUGAUUUGGGUAUUAGAACUUAUGAUACUGCUGAUUUUUAUAGUAAUGGUUAUUCAGAAGUUAUCUUGGGUAAAUUUUUGAAAAAAUUCAACAUCAAAAGAGACAAGGUUGUUAUUUUAACAAAAGUGUUUUUCCCAGUUGAUGAAGAUGUUGAUCUAAGACAUAGUGGAGUUGGUCCUGGUGUCAAUCCUUUAGAUUUGAUCAACUCAAAGGGGUUAUCAAGAAAGCAUAUCAUUGAUGGUGUUGAAAAUUGUGUGAAAAGGUUAGGUACCUAUAUUGACGUUUUACAAAUUCAUAGAUUAGAUAAAGAAACUGAACCUGAAGAAUUCAUGAGAGCUUUGAAUUUUGUCGUUGAUCAAGGUCUGACAAGAUAUAUUGGUGCGUCCUCAAUGAAAGCCACUGAGUUUGUUGAAUUGCAAUAUAUCGCCGAAAAACAUGGAUGGCAUAAAUUUGUUUCAAUGCAAAACUAUUACAAUUUGUUAUAUCGUGAAGAAGAACGAGAAAUGAUUCCAUAUUGUAACAAAUCUGGUGUUGGUUUGAUUCCAUGGUCUCCAAAUGCAAGAGGUAUAUUAACAAGACCAUUAUCUAAAACCACUGAAAGAAUCAAAAGUGAUCCAACUUUUAAAUCAUUAGGUCUUUCUGAGUUAUCUGGGCCUGAUCAAGAAAUUGUUAAUAGAGUUGAAAAAGUUGCUAAUGAUAGAGGUGCUUCUUUUGCUAUUGUUUCCACAGCUUGGGUCAUUAGUAAAGGUGCUUCGCCAAUCAUUGGCCUCAACAGUGAAGCUAGGGUCGAGGAAGCUGUUGCAGCUAGUCAUUUCAUUCUUACAGAGAAAGAGAUUAAAUAUUUGGAAGAACUUUAUCAGCCAAAGAAAGUUGUCGGGUUUUCUUGA